GUGUGAGAAACUUUUGUCCCAUGCAGAAUAAGAACAAAACGUCGACUUUUCCAUCAAAUCUUCUUCCGGCAGCCGAGAUGGCAGAGCUGAGUCUGGAGUGUCCAUUCUUCCUCAGACUUCUUGUCUUCAUAGGGUUGUUGGGACGCAUCUUGGGACAACAAACAGACCCAUGCAGUGACGAAACUCGUCCCAUGGUGAUGACAGGCUAUACCGGUAGUUUCUCCAGCCCCAACUACCCCCUAGUGUACCCCGUACGGGUAACAUGCAGCUGGCGCGUGAUGAGCGCACGUCCAGGGAGACAGCUCUGGUUGGUCUUCGACGAUCUCUUCAACAUAGAGGAGUAUACAGAUUGCAACUAUGAUUACCUAAAGAUUUAUGAUGGGCCAAACGACAGCUCCCCAUUAGUGAAGAACCUGUGCGGGGAGUCCGCACCACGGCCCAUCAACCUCAGGGGGAACGUGGCGUUCGUGAAGUUUAAAUCAGAUCAAGCCAUCACCAGGCCUGGGUUCAGGCUCACCUGGCGCACCUGUCCGCCCAACUUGCUGCAGUGUGACGAGGGCAGCACAUGUGUAGGCGCAGCGGAUCAGUGCAACAUGCGGCAGGAGUGUCAGGACUGGAAGGACGAACUGAACUGUAAUUAUGAUCAAGCCUGUGGAGAACACAUCUCGACAGAUGGCCCCGGUAACAUCACCACUUUGAACUACCCCGUAUUUUUCCCUCCGGGCUUGAGUUGUACCUGGAGCAUCGUGGCAACCCAAGGCAAGCGGCUGCGGGCGAGCUUCACAGGGCUGUUUGACGUGCCUUGUCCCACUGCUGUUAACGUUACCGAGGUGAGCCUCAAUGGAAAUGUACUCAAUGGUACUUUCACAUUCUGUGGCAGUCAGACACCUCCCGACAUCAUCGUAACUACCAAAGAACGGAUAAAGGUCAACUUCCAACCGCCAAUGGAGGCUCCUGGGAAGGGCUUUGCCCUACACUGGGAAACAAUCUGCCAAGAGAACUACUUCUCCUGCCCGGAGGGAUUCUGCCUCAGACCAGAAAAGGUUUGCGAUGGGAAUGAUGACUGCCAACAAGGAGAAGAUGAGAGUUACUCCGUGUGCUCAGGGCCUACUACACUUCCUAUGAUGACUACUGCCACAGACAGACGCCCUGGGACUGAGAUGACACCAACAGGCAACGAUGUCACACCUGGAAAGUGGUCUAACCACACCACUCCACAGGAUAGUGCCGUCAAUCAGAAGACCAUGGUAGGUGCUGCUUCAACACAAAGUGGCUUGAUUCACACCCCAACCGAGUGGAAAGGUACUCCAAAGGUUUCAACUGCGACACCUCAGGCUUGGAAUGGUGCCCUGGGAAGCAGUGAUGCGACACCUCAGGAUUGGAAUGUUACACUGGAAGGUAGUGACAUCUUCACAACACCGCCACUUGACUCGUACCCCAGACACCUGUGCUAUUCGUGCCAUGAUGACGGAGCCUGUGCCAGGCCAGUGAACUCCUCUCUACCCGUCACCGAAUGUUUUGAUGACCAGGAUUGCUGGGUUGAGCGCAUCCUGGGUCCUGGGAAGGGGAAGGAGAGGAUCGUGUACCGCAGGGGGUGCGGCUCGCUCUGUCCGGACCACUGGAAACAGGAGGACUGCACGGACGGAUGGAUACGGGUGUGUCGGCUGUGCUGUAACGGGAACCUCUGUAACAGCCAGCUGCUGAGCGGAGACGACAACCACUUCGCCAACCAGGUGUCCGAGUCCAACAUGGCUGAGUCCCAGGAACCCAACUGGAUCCCCGUCAUCGUGGCAUCUCUGGCUGCUGUUGGCAUCUUCACUGCCUGAACCUGGAGAAUAUCGUUUGCACCUCGUGUCUGUCAUAUUUUCUAGAACUGACGCCGAGGAUGUUUUUGUUGCUUUUACCAAUGCAACGCAGAUGAUUGCUUCUUACUUGAAUUAUAGUUUCUUUUACACAAUACACAUGCAAUAAUUGUAUAGCAAGGUUGUAUUUGAUAUCUUUCAGUUUGAUUACUUUCCAUGUCGUUCUAAAACAGGUCGUUUUAUGGUAGAUUCCCCAUCCCAAAAUGUAAAAGCUAGACGUUAUUACAAUCCCUUAGCAGUAUACACUGGGAUAUAGCACAAAAUCCGUCAUACAUGAGUGUAUCGGUAUAUGUUCGUGCCGAUUUAAGAGUAUCUUAUCUUACAGUGUAGGGCACAGGAGCCAACACUUGUAGGAUGAACAUUUCACUCCACAUGGUAUAGCCUGCUAUUCUAAUUCUUUAAUCUGAAUGGUAACGAGAACUUUUGUAUUUGGUGCAUCGUAACAAAACAUAGACAAUGACAUGCUUAACUGAACAUGUGUGUAGCUAAUUACUUGUCUAAGAUUUCCUGAUUGUAAAGAUAGAUAUGUUGUGCAUAUUUUUUUCGUAUAAUUGGAGUAAACAAGCAUAUAGGUGGUCCAGGCGUUUUAUCAAACCUCAUUAAGUCUUAAUGGAGUAUACAAAACAAAGUGCCAAAAAUACUCAACUGCAUUUGGAUUGCUUAAAGUGAUUGAUACUCCGGUAAGAGCGGAUUAUCAUGGAAGGAAUGUUCAAUUUAGCUCGGCCAGCAAGUUACCUUUGUUCUCUAUAAACGCCUUGUUUCAUCAAAUUGCUAAGGUUCAUUUAUUGACAUUACAUAUUAGUCACCAGCGCAACAACUACUAACGUGAAACAUGCGGAGAAAUGUGAGAUACGUGAGAAACGUUUCGAACCAACUGGCAGUAAGCCUUGGCUAUUUCAUCAGAAGUCUCCUGCUUGCAGCAGAGAUGGGUGCUAUGGGCGGAGACAUGGGAUAUAUCGUCCGAAUUGUUUUCAUCCUAGGGUUCCUUGGUUGUAUCAUGGGACAGACAGGUUAGUUUGUAACACAAGAAUCGUUUGUCUGUUUUAUUUCAUUACACACUCGGGUGACUUAUAAUCAUGCAUGCAUUAGAGAAGUAUUUUACUAACGUUGUUCCAUUCUUGAGGGGAUAUCAUCUUGGCAAUCUUUGCGACCAAAUCGUGAUACCGGUGACUCCAUAUUCCUUAUGCGAUCAGAUAAUUCAGAUGAUUUGUGAUAAUAUACUUUUAUUUACAACUGUCUUAUUAAGAAGCGAGAGGAAGUUAAACCUGUGCAUAUAUCCUAUUGGUCUCUGUAUAUGAAGGAUACAAUUUCUUAUAUAAAAUAUGUGCCUUAUUGCUACGACCUGGACUUAGCCUGGUAGAGCAUAAACGUAGAAUAAAGGUCUUCAUCCAUUCAUAAGCUUGGCAUUGCGUGCGCAGAUUGUAUGUGACUUCCGCGACGACAGGAAUGUCAUGAUGCCUUCUUGGCAGGUCAUCAGACAACUUUCAGAGUCGAGAGUCGAUCUCGUCUUCUUAGGCCUGGCUGAUAGCUUCGUCUUUAGAUAAAGUAACAUCAGGGCAUCGUUGCCAAGUGAUAAAUCGAAAAAUUACUGCAGCGGCAACAACAUUGCCUCCCACCUCGCGACCAUCAACAGUGGUGUAUAUUUGCGGAUCGAAUUGUUUGGCAAAUUCCUGUUGAAUUAAUUGAGGAAAAUUGGCAUCGAUCGUUUUUAA